CAAGUUUAUAUGUUUAUUUGUAUAUAUCUGUAUAUUUUCUUGUAAUGGGUUCCAUAGAAUCAGCGCCGCCGUUGAGCAAUGGCAGAGUGAACGAGUCGCCCUUGAACCGGGCAGACGAGGUUGCAGAUCUGUUAAAUUCCGUCCAGGAGCUCAUCAUCCCUUUUAUUCGCCGCGCGGAUGAGGAAGCGGCUGUGAAACAUAUGGGACAUGGCGAGAGCGGGAGCUCCGGAAGCGCACUGGUCGAGUCGCACAAGCCGGCGGAACUCGUGAAGUUGCUUAACCUGCAGCUUCCGGAGACUGGGGGAGGGAAAACGGCGCUCUUGGAUGUUAUCCAGCAGGUCUUGAAGUAUAGCGUUAACACGUGGGAUCAAGGCUUCCUGGAUAAGUUGUACGCCAGCACCAACCCUGUCGGCGUAGUCUCCGAGCUCAUCCUCGCAACCCUCAACACCAACGUGCACGUCUACCAAGUAUCCCCCGCCCUGACCGUAAUCGAAAAAACAGUCACCGCCCGCUUCGCCAACCUCUACGGCUUCACCAGCCCCCACGCCGGCGGCUUCUCCACCCAAGGCGGCAGCGGAAGCAACCUCAGCGCCCUUAUCAUCGCGCGGAACACCCUCUACCCCAAGACCAAGACUGACGGAAACGGCACCUACAACUUUGUAAUCUUCACCUCGGCGCACGGCCACUACUCCUUCGAGAAAGCAGCCCAGAUGAUAGGUCUCGGCUCCCGCAACCUCGUCCCGGUCCCCGUUGACGACGCAGGCGCCAUGCUCCCCACCGAACUCGAGCGCCUCAUCCUCGCCGCCAAGGAUGCGGGGAAGACGCCCCUCCUCGUCAAUGCCACGGCUGGCUCUACAGUCCUCGGCUCCUUCGACCCGUUCGAGGAGAUCGCGGCUGUGGCGCGCAGGCACGGGAUGUGGAUGCACGUUGACGGCGCGUGGGGCGGGUCAGUCAUUUUCUCCGAGACGCAGCGCCAUAAGCUUAAGGGCGUGCAUCUUGCUGAUUCGGUGGCUGUGAACCCGCAUAAGAUGCUUGGGGCACCGACGACGUGCUCGUUGCUGCUGGGGAAGGAUUUGAGGCAGUUCCAUCGCGCGAAUACGUUGCCGGCGGGGUAUCUGUUCCACGGCGCUGAUUCGGAUGGCGAGGUGUGGGACCUGGCGGAUCUGACGCCGCAGUGUGGACGUAGGCCGGAUAGCUUGAAGGUCGCGCUGAGCUGGACGUAUUAUGGUGCUGCAGGGUACGGACGCAUGAUUGACGAGGCGUUUGAGGCUGCGGCAUAUUUGGCUGGGUUGGUGGAGAAGAACAAGGAUUUCGUGCUGGUGUCGCAGAAUCCGCCGCCUUGUCUCCAGGUGUGCUUUUAUUAUGCGCCGAGGGGGUUCAGUGAGGUGCCAGAGAAGAAUACGAUGGCGACGGCGGGGGUGGUGGAGAGGUUGGUUGGGAGGGGGUUUAUGGUUGAUCAUGCGCCGGGGGAGAGGGGGAAUUUCUUUAGGGUGGUGGUUAAUAUUCAGACGAGGAAGGGGACGUUGGAUGGGCUUGUGAAGGCGAUUGUGGAUAUUGGGAAGGACUGAGAGAUGGGGGGGUGAGAGGAUGAGAGGGGGCAUUUUGGAUAAAUACCAUACUGGUGGUCCGCAAGGAAGACAAUUUAGACAGAGAUACAGUAGAACCCCGAUAUAAGAUUCCCCGAUAUAAGAAUACCCGAUAUAAGAAUCCCCGAUAUAAGAAUCCCCGAUAGAAGAAUACCCCACCGUGUAAGAAUAUAUCUUCUACACCAGCUAGUCGGGGUGCAAAUCCUCUUGUAUCGAGAUCAAGG